UUCCGCCCCCCCCCUCUCUCUACGGACUGUCUGAUCGAUCGGAAGCUUUGAGACGAGCAUCGCUUUAUUCCUCGCUUUCGGGAUAUUUCUUCACAGUUUCUUUUGACUUCCCCUAUUACCCAAAACGUCCUGCUGUUUAAAUCGUGUGGAAUUUAAUCCCCGGCUUCAGAUUUAUUAUCUGCACAAAAGUUGAUAAGGAAAGCUAGUUAGCCUCCUAGCUAACUCUUAGCUAGCCUCAAAGCUAACUAGCUGUGGUCGGAGAACGUUUUUGCAGACAGUUUUUUAAGGGGGGGGCAUCUUUUUGUUGUCAGUGCACUUGUACCUAGUCGUGGAGUUAUCAUCCUGACAUUUGAAGAGUAUUUGUGGGGAGGUUUAGAGCUGGUAAGCCGGUUGCUUCCUAGCUAGCGUGCUCGAUAUAGCCUGCUAGCUUUAAUACCCUGCGUAUUUAGCCUGGAAGCUAACUGAAGGCCGCAGUCCACCAUCAGCUGCUACUACUUCCAUCAGAGUGUUUGCAUUGCCGUGCAGAGUUGACAGCUUACUUGGUGACGCAGAGACUUCUCCCUGAGGAGCCAAGAAGCAGACGGCUCAUGACUUCUGACCAGGACACGAAAGUUGUAGCUGAACCACAGGUGCAGCAAGUCCAAGAGGCAAAAGAGAACUCUCAUUUGGAAUCCCCCAAGGUUUCAGACCUCAACCCCAAUGCGAAAGCAUGGGCCAACCACAUGUUUAGCCUGGACCCCAGCGGGAGCGCCGACACCACGACCGCUGCCCUGCAGACAUGGAAGGAGGAGGAGGGCUGCGAGAGUUCAGCCGACCCCGGACCAGAAGGCUAUGAAGCCAGUGAAGAGGCCCUGAAGGAGCCGCUCCUCUCGGACCCCGAUGAUCCUCCUCCUCCGGUCCCAGUGAUGCUGUCGGAGCCGAGCCCCGUCAGCCCGGACGGAUCAGAGACCCCUCAGGCGUUCACUGAGUUCCCCGAGCAGCAAGGACGCACAGGAAGUGAUCCUCAGCCGGAGAAUCCUCAGGAGGGUCUGAGGGAUCAUCUGAAGAAGACUCUGGAGUUCUGUCUUUCCAGGGAGAAUCUGGCCAGUGACAUGUACCUCAUCUCUCAGAUGGACAGCGAUCAAUACGUGCCAAUCGUGACGGUGGCGAACCUGGACCACGUGAAGAAGCUCAGCACCGACGUGGAGCUGAUCGUGGACAUUUUACGAUCGCUGCCAUUGGUCCAAGUGGAUGAGAAGGGGGAGAAGGUGCGGCCCAAUCAGAACCGCUGCAUCGUGAUCCUCAGAGAAGUUCCUGAGAGCACUCCUAUAGAGGAGGUCGAGGCUCUUUUUAAAGGAGACAACUUACCCAAAUUCAUCAACUGUGAAUUUGCCUACAACGACAACUGGUUCAUCACCUUCGAAUCGGAAGCAGACGCACAGCAGGCAUAUCAGUAUCUCCGAGAGGAGGUGAAGACUUUCCAGGGGAAGCCUAUUAAGGCGAGGAUAAAGGCGAAGGCGAUCGCUAUCAACACUUUCAUGCCAAAGAACGGUUACCGUCCGGUGGAGGUGAACCCGUACGCCCAGCAGCAACAACAACAACAACAACAACAGCAGCAGCAGCAGCAGCAGCAACAACAACAACAGCAGCAGCAGCAGCAUCAGAGAUACACGUCGUACUACAUCCCCCCGGUGUACAGCCCCCAGCAGCAGUUCCCUCUCUACAGCCUCAUCACGCCACAGGCAUGGUCCGCCACGCACAGCUUCAUCGACCCCACGCUGGUUGCACCAUUUCACAACAACCAGUUCAUCAAUGGAUUCACCACAUCACACGGUUUCAAACCCACGACGUCUCCUCUCACCGUCAGACACUAUUCUCCCAGGAACAGGAGUCACAGUAAACCUCACUUGAGGCCUUCCCUCCCGACGGCAGAUCGCAGCGCCGGGCUUCUGGACAACCCAGGGUUAUUUCCCAGCUUCCCCAGCGAGCGUCUGAACGGGGUCCGCAGCAGCCCCCCCGCCCGUCCCCCCCCCUCCACUCAGCCCAGGACCCGGGUGCCCUCCAGCAGCUCCUUCCCCCGCAGGGACACCGCCGGCACCGGCAGGGUGACGGAGCCCCCCACCCCUGAAUACUCCCUGGGCAUCGGGAGAGGAAGGAAAAAGAGGGACGAAAAGUUUACAAGAGUGACGCCCCAGUCGCCGCCUCCCCCCCCAAAACCUCCGUCUCCGAGUUUCGAGCUGGGUCUCUCCAGUUUCCCUCCUCUCCCCGGAGCCGCCGGGCAGCUGAAAACCACAGAAGAAGUGUUCGACAACCGGCUGGCCAGCAGCGUCGUUAUCGGAAACGUUAAGGAGCGGAAUGUAAGUGCAGAGUCCAGUUCUGGAUCAGUUCUGUCUCCAGCGGGUCCAAAAGAGCCUCUUCGCUCCUCGUCCUCUCCGAAGCCUUCGAGCUUCCAGCCGUCGCCGACCCCCCCGACCUCGACAUUGACCCCGGCCUCGACCUUGACCGCCGCCACCGGGCCGCCGCUAAGCCCCGCCCCCCUCCCUCCCUGCAGCGUGAAGGUGACGGAGGUGAAACCGAAGGAGCUGCAGCUGUCCGUAGAGCGAGUUACCGGCACGCUGUCCAAUGCCAGCAAAUCAGUGCAAGUCAACGGUGCUGCAACAGAGUUGAGGAAGCCCUCCUACGCUGAGAUCUGUCAGCGGGCGAAGGACUCCUCGUCUUCAUCGCAGCAGCUUGGGACCCCGAAAGAAGCAAAGCCAGGCUGCGCUGCCCCCGGUGGCGAGGACAGGAAGUGCCCCAGUGACGCAUCAGAGGCCAAAACCAGAGAGACAUACCCCCCUUCCUCCUCUUCCUCCUCCUCUUCCUCCUCUUCCUCCAAACCCCUCACCCCGGGGAGACACCAGAGGGAGGCUCGGAGGCCGGCUGGACGCUGGGCCUCCCCGCCCCCCCACAUCGGGAAAACCCCAAACAGAGAAACCCACCAAACCCCGCCCAAAUCCCCGCAGUAGAAAAAAAAGAAAAAAAAAACGGAAAUAUAAGUCAGGGCUACUCAAUGCUUAUAUCCCAGAAUCAGCAUCAGUCACAUGGAUAGGGGACGCCUUCUCUUCUGGAUCAGGGCUUGCAGACAAAAAGCACUUUACUGUGCAAUGUAGAGCACCUUUUCAUUCUUUUUAUUCUAUUUAUUUGCUUCCUUUUUUUUUUUUUUUUUCAGUUUUGCCUAUACCCCGGGCACAGACAACACUGAAACAUGUCUUUUUUUUCAUUAGUCCAAAAGGCCUUGUGGGAUUUAAACAUUUAAAAAGUCUUGUGUGCAAAGAAAGCAGCAGCAGCAGCAGCAGCAGGGCAUUGUGGGAAGUUUGCCCCCGCCCCCAGUGGAUGAUGGGGAAAGAGUGAGCAGAGGGAGGGGUUUGUUUGCAUGUCGAGGGGCACUGUUGUGCGACUUUAUGUAGCUUAAUUAUGGGUCAUAAUUAGCCGUUUUUUUAUUACAUACUCCCAUCCGUAUGCAAGACUUAAAUCACAACAAGACUCUGAUCUUUUUUUCCGCCUCAAACUGGAUUUAUUUUGCAGAAUUAUUAACAAAACAUGGUUUUUUUUCUCCAACUUUUCCUGUGAACUAUCGGUACAGUCACUCCUGGUUAUUGUCGCUGGGUGUCACUUUUCUUCCUCACAUCUCUGUAAAGAAUCACCUCCAUCUGCUGUGUUGUUGUUUUUACUGUUUGCUAACACUGCUAACUAGCUAGCUGUAGCUUGUAUCAACGGCCGUGAUGUGAUAUCAGUGCUGUUUUUUGUUUUUUUUAAGCGUCAGACAAGAAGGGCAUGUUGAUAUCUGCAACCAAGCUUGAAUAUAUAAAUUAGGCAUUGGCGCAAAUUGGCUGAAAAGUGUCCGUCGCGUGUGUGAUUAUAUUCCUGGCAUUGCAUUUUUUAGGGAAAAAGCGAGCAAGCUUUGUCGACUGCUCUUCUCAUUUCCUAUUUAAAACUGUGGAAUCAGGCACAUACUGUCAAAGGAAAAAGGCAGGGCUGACACAUUUAAAGUCCAGUUGUGAGGAUUAAAACAGCUCUGGAGGUGAGGAAACACUCGUGAGCUGCAAUUAGGACGAAGGAAAUUGGUUAUUGAUUGAGAAACAUGACAGAAAGUGAGUUCCCUGCUGGAGUUUAGCAAGCCGAGUGGGAAACUUCACGUGUUUUCUUCUAGAUAUGGUGCUAGACGUCGAAUCCUGGAACCUGUUACAGCAGCUCAUCUGAUAUUGUGUGUACAAAAUACUUGAUUUAAAUGUAUCGACAGAACUUUAAUUGCACUGUUAUGGCGUCUUUUUUCCUCAGACUCGCAGGCAAAUGCAUUAUUAGACAAGUGAAGAGAGAGAAAAAAGGGAAUUGAUCCUGAACGUCAAGGGAAGAGAAAGAAAAUUCAUCUCUGUGGACGCAAUCGCCUUGUUUUCGUUUGUGUUGUUGUGCCUUGUGGACGCCUGUUGAACACUGUGGUGAAGGAUGGGGCAGCGUCACAUGACUUUACAGAUUUAUCUCGCUUUACGGAUGCUUUAUAUAGAUUUUUUUUCAAACUGAAGGAGUUCAUGCAGUGGUUUUGGAUUUUGGCUCAUCAAUGAGGAUUUUCAUUGCUUGUAAAAUUACGGAAAAGUGAGACGGUUGGAUUGAAAGUUUUACUUAUUAAAAAAAGGUAAAAUGAGUUUUUUGGGGCGGAAUGUAGUUUGCCAUGUUGAAGUGUGAAAGGGAUUUAGUUGGGAGUCCCGUCGGGGCUCAUGUGAACGUUGUUGAACUCAAAUUUAAACAUUUAAGAGAACAGAAAAGAGCAGGUGGGUUUUACAGCAGGGAAAUCUGAGUCGUGUAAAAUGUCGUCCUCGGGGUGGAGAUGUUCCCUCGUCUUCCUCAGCGUCGAGUCUUCACCGCUCGUUGGUUUUUCUGUCAGCAUGCUCCCUUGUCUUCUAUUUUCAAGUGUGCACACUUUGAUUUAUCCUGAGUUUUCUUUCAAAUAAAAAAAAAGUGUGGAAAAGAUUAACCGAAAAGCACCACGGAUUUUCUUCCUGCUUCACUCUUGGGGAGAAAAGCAGUUGGAUUUGAAGCAAAAAUGUGAAGAGAAAUACACUUUUUUUCUCACUUUGAGCUCACAGAAUGUGCUACCACGUACAUUUAAGCUCAAUGCGACUUAAUCGAGCAGCAUUUCGGAUGAUUUUGAAGCUGAUAUAUCCCUCUGCAGAGUGAAGUAGCAAGGAUUCAGAUUCAGGGAGGAAACUUGUGUUAAAUUGAAGGUUUGGUUGGGAGCUCUGUCUACUGUAGCAGCCACUCUGGCAGAAGACCAACCAAGUCUUGCAUGUUUUACUGUAGUCUAAAAAUGGAAUUGGCUGGCGAAAUGGUAAAAAGGAGUUUUGAAUUUACAUCAGAUUCAUAAAACUGCAAUUGUGAGACGUUAAAAGUAUGUUUUUUUUGGAGCGUGACAGACUUAAAGAGAGUUUCCUCCCUUGAGUGCUCAAAUUUAAUCUCUUCUUAAGUUAUCACAGAUGCAAAACAACCAUACAAAAAAAAAACACUGUACUAUACACAAUAUCUGUUUUUUAGGGAAACAAACACACGAUGUGAGACCUUGCAUGUCUCGCUAAAGUCUUCCUGCAACAAGAAGCAUUCUGGGUAAUCCCACUAAGAGAAAACAGCCCAUCUGAGGAGGGCUUCGUUAGAAAAAGCCUGCUCAUAGCUGCUUUUGAUUUGGACGUAAAGUUCUUGAGUUUGUUUAAAAAAAAAUAGAUAUAUUUUUGGGAUUUUUCUUUUUGAAGGACUGAGAUGCACUUGGAUGGGUUUUGUUUUUUUCUCUCAUCAGUGGAAACGGUUAAAAAUAAAUCAAAAUGCACCAUAUCCACGUAUUUAUAAACCAAUGCUGUUUAUUCCAUGAGAAAUAUCAUUACGUUUUUUGUUUUAGGGAGAUGAGAAUACAUAGGGAUGCGUUGAGAUCUCUAUUUAAACGCAAAAUGUAAAAAGAAAAAGAAAAAAAAAUGGAAGUGUCCAUCCAGUGUUUGAGAAACUUGAAUUUUAUUUAAACUUGAAAAAUGACUUUGCCUUAACUUUUAUACAAGACAAGCAUAGAGUUUAUUUCUUUUCACACAAAAAAAAUCCCCCAAAUGUUAACAAAGCGUGACACGUGGAAAAAUAUUUAGACGUCACAAGUCUUACUGAGAGAGAAAGAGAAAGAGAAAGAAAGAGAGGACAAAUCGAGCAGCAUUUUAUUUUUACCCUUUUUUGUUUUUGUAAAAUUUACGAGUGUCCUUUUUUUUUUUGAGGGGGAAAAAAAACAUAAAACCUUGUAAAUGCAAAACUAGUCAAUACUGUAUUAAAUGUGUGCACUUUGAAGUGUGUGCUUUGCUUGUACAGUUGUAAAUACUCAGAAAAAUAUAAGAGGUACCUUAAAAAUGAUUAUAAAAAAAUAUAUUGAUCUCGUAAUGUCGCUAUCGAGCUGGAUGUAGGAUAUACAAAAAAAAAAAAACGUAAUAUUGUGCUUUUUUUAUUUUUAGUUUGGGUGUCGGAGUUUAAAUUCUGCUCCUCUCUGCAGGGUGGGCAGCUCGUCUGAUUGUACAUUUUUUUGUUGUCUUUCAUUCCAUUAUUUUUGUAUACCCCCCUCCUCACUGUGCACUAAUUGGAGAGCCUGUGGUACUGACAGCAUUAUUAAUGAACCCUUACAAAUCUGCGUGUCCACCAACAUCCUCUCGUUUCAUUUUUUUAAAAAGCUCUGGCUUCCUUUUUCUUUUACGCUGGAAUUUUUUUUUUAACCACAAUAAUCUAGAAGUUUGAUUACUGAAGAAAAAAAAAAAAGCACUACAUGUCAGAUUUUUAGGCGUCACUGUGCAGCAAAGUAUUUCUGACAUCUCUAAAUAUCCUAAUACCAAGAAGAUUAAUAAGGCUAGUAUUAACACUACACUAAUACUGAAUAUCUAUGAUUAUGACACGCUCAUACCACAGUUUAUAAUCAGCAUUGCGUCCACAUGUGGGCAGCAUGACUCGAAAAUAUCUAUUAAUACAAUAGAGAGCUGAAGUUCUGCCUCUGCUAACAUUUAUUUUGUGGUUUUUCUGGCCAUAGUCAAAGAUUAAUGAGUGUUUGUUUUUACUGUUCUUGGUGGUAACAUUUGGGGGUUUUGGUCAUUGAAGGAGUAGGUAAAACAUUUGGGAAAUAUAAUUGUAAAAUGUAUUAGGGGAAAAAAAGAUCAAUAACACUUGGGGCGGGAUGUGUUAGCUUAGCUUAGCACAUAGACAGAAAACUGUUAGCUUAGCAAAUAGAGGGAACACAGUGAGCUUAGCACAAAGACAGAAAACAGUUAGCUUAUCACAUAGA